GAGGGGUUGUGCUUUAAGUGAUUAACCGGUUACAGCUCGCUCAGUCCCCUUUUUAGCCUCAGAAAUGAAUAACAACUUGGCCGGAGAUGAAGUCGGGAAACUUUUUGUGGGUGGCUUGGACUGGAGUACUACACAAGAAACCUUAAGAAACUAUUUUUCGCAGUAUGGGGAAGUGGUCGAUUGUGUCAUCAUGAAGGAUAAAACAACAAAUCAGUCGCGAGGCUUUGGGUUUGUCAAAUUCAAAGAUCCCAACUGUGUACGGACAGUGUUGGAGACCAAGCCUCAUAAUCUUGAUGGCAGAAAUAUUGACCCCAAGCCAUGUACUCCCAGAGGAAUGCAACCUGAAAAACCUCGAACGAAGGAAGGCUGGAAGGGCAGCAAAGCCGAUAGCAAUAAAUCAAAGAAGAUAUUUGUAGGCGGAAUCCCCCAUAGCUGUGGCGAGCCUGAACUCAGGGACUAUUUCAAUAGAUUUGGAGUGGUCACAGAGGUGGUAAUGAUCUAUGAUGCAGAGAAGCAGCGGCCCCGAGGUUUUGGAUUUAUUACUUUCGAGGCCGAACAAUCAGUGGACCAGGCUGUCAACAUGCAUUUUCACGACAUCAUGGGCAAAAAAGUGGAAGUGAAGAAGGCAGAACCUCGUGACAGCAAAGCUCCCAGCCAGCUUGGCCCUGGCCAGUGGGGACCCAGAGGCAUCUUGAGUGCAGCUAAUGGUUGGACGGCACAGCCUGCUCAGGGCUGGCAACAGACCUACGGGCCACAGGGAGUGUGGGUGUCAACUACUGGCCAACCCCUGGGUGGGUAUGGACCACCUCUGUCAGCAGCCCGGGGAGCCCCUGCCCAGCCUCCAUCUCCGUUCAACGCGUUCCUGGUUACAACCCCAGCGGGCAGCUUCGCUGCACCUCAGGGCUACGCUCAGCAGGGCUACAGCACAACACCACAGUUUGGUUACAGUUUUGGCACACCCCAAGGAGACCAGUAUGCACCCCAGGGAGUUCCUCCCCCACCCACCACUCCUGGAACAGCACCGCUUGGCUUUGCCCCCGCCACCACACCUACUCAGGACUUGAGCAAAGCCCAGGCUGGACAGCCAGACUUCCCUUACAGCCAGUAUGGCUUGGGUAACUACCCUCAGGACCCCUCUUCCUACGGACCAACGCGUCCUUCUCACAGUUAUGGUCAGGAUGAGCAGGGAGGAUAUAGUGCAGGCUACAGUCAGGACCUGAGCGCCUUCGGCCAUGGCUUUGCAGAUCCAAGCCAGCAGACGGCAUCCUACGGAGCACCCACAGCACAGCCCGCAGCCCCCCAGUCUGCCGCCAGCGCAUUUGGCCGGGGACAGAACCACAACGUACAGGGCUUCCACCCAUACCGGCGCUGACUGACCACCAACUCCCAACUCACAGCCUACACUUCAUAAAAAGAAAAGGAAAAAAAAAACAAAGACAAAAACGCUUAAAAGUCAGGGAAAUGUGUGUUCUUGCUCAUAAGCAGAACUGGAAUUCUGGAUUGUUAGGAAAAAAAUCAUGCACAGAAAUUUGUCAAAGGGGAAAUUUUGUGGAAUGGAAAACCAGGGAUUCCAACUAAUUUCUGUUACAAUCAAUGAAAAAGAUUUAAAAAAAAAAAAAGAAAGUUAAAGUAACCAGAAUUUUUUGCAUAAUUUAUGGAACGUUCAGCUGAAAGAAGCUUUUAUUUCUCUUCCCCCAAUGUUUUAUAGUAGAAUUUUACUACUUUGCAAUAAUUUUGAUUGUCUGGUCAAACACUAGCACAGAGAUUAUAUGUAAACAAUACUUGCAUAUAAAUAUGAAUAUGUAUAUUUAUGAUGGAUUUCGAAAUGAUAACAGGGUCUCAAGUUUCCUCAGCUUUAAAUUCUAGGGAAAAAGUUUUUAUUUUUCUUUUGGUGGAUUUUGUUUACUUUCUGAGCCUUUAUUUUAAAGUUUGUUUGAAAUGGAAAAUAUGAAUAUAUAUUAUACACAAACUGUGCAAUUUUUUAAAAGAAAAUUUUGUACUAUAAAUGUACACGUCGCUUGUUUUUUAUUUAAAGAUGUAGACUUCCCUCAGGUGGCUGUUAGGGUGCAUUUUGCACUCAUGCAAAAAGAAAGGAGAACUUAUUUCAAAAUAAAUGUUUUAAAGAUAUGCCGCUCCUUAGUGAGUGUUUGCGUGAUUGAUGGCUGUGUGUGAGUGGAAAGCUUGGCCCAGAUGAUAACAUGCCAGAGCAGACUCUGCUCUUCUGCAGCCUUGUUAAGACAUGGGUACCACAAGUUAACAUGGGUCGCUUCAGAAAGCAGGUCCCUCACACAAACACUUGUGACCAAAAUUAAUUUGUCUGACCAAACCAACAAUGGAUAUUCUACAAACACUGGGAGGAAAAGAACAAUGCUAAAGUUUUGUGCUAGAGACAGAUUUUGGAUUACCAGUUUACUGCAUUUGAGGAGGGACUUGCUCCCAGGGGAAUGAUGGGUUUUAGUACUGGUGUAGAGACACUGCUGAUUGAACACAAGUGAGAUGAAAAAUGGUGGAGAAAUUUUACCAUAAAACAGCAUAGCUGCAGUCUUACAUUUUGUACAUUUAAGUGGAAACUCCAAUGUGGAAAUGAGGAUUAAAAUGUAUAUAUAGCUGGGUGAAAGGUUAAAGGCUUUUUAUAUGGCUUCUAUAUUGUUUCCUUGAUAGUUGUUUUUUUUUAAAAAAUUUAUAUAUAUAUGUGUGUAUAUAUAUGUGUGUGUGUGUAUAUAUACAGUUGUGUUCAAAAUAAUAGCAGUCCAACAUCACUAAGCAGAUCAUUCACUGUUUUUGGUAGAAAUUAUAUUUCUACAUGGCAAAUAACUUACUAGUAGGUGUAGUAGCGUAAUAGAAAACUAACAGACCCAACAGUCAUGACAUGCAUGCUGCUGAUUCUGUGUAAUUGAAUCAUUAAUUGAAAGGGGCGUGUUCAAAAUAAUAGCAGUGUGGCAUUCAAUCAGGGAGGUCAUUCAGCUGUGAAAAAACAGGUUUCAAACGGGUGGCCCUUAUUUAAGGAUAAAGGCAGCAAAUGUUGUACAUGCUGU